GUGACAGCUGGGCUCCUCCAGUCUCUGCUAAGAAGCUUCAUCCCCAAAUAGGAUGACCGUCGGCGGCUGCGCGCACCUCCGGGACUCCUGUUUCUUAUGUGGGACUUUUAUUUAAUUUUUUUUUUCAUUUUUUUCCUCUACAGCAGUCUAGUCUGUGUUUGUUCUAUCGCCUAGUGUGGAUUUCGUCAUGGAUAUUACGAUUUAAGCGCGACAUGUAAAGGCAAAAAAAAAAAAAACGAGGAAAAAGUAGCGCUCGUAUUGUUGUGAACUGCGUAAACAAUCACGUUUUGUGGAUUACUAAGUAAACAAGAGCCGCCUCGUUUACUGGAAGAUUUGCCCAUUCAUGAGCUGAAGGUAAGACUUAGUCCGCUUGCAUGGAGUGAACCACCGGAUCCGGCAGAUGAAGCUGUGGUGAAAAGAACAAAACAUGCAUGACUGCAACCUGCAGAGCCACGAGAGGUGUUUAUCCGUCCACUGUGGUUGAAUGAGGGUGAGGUACAUCUGCAGCAGAGGACCAGCAGCGGCAGUAGAGUGGUGCGACCAUGAGGUCAGAGGCCUUCUUCCUCUACUUCUCGCUACUGCACAUAGCUGGGGCGGGCUUCCCCGAAGACAGCGAGCCAAUCAGUAUCUCGCACGGCAACUACACCAAGCAGUACCCAGCCUUUGUGGGCCACAAACCCGGCAGAAACAACACACAACGACAUAAACUGGACAUCCAACUCAUCAUGAUCAUGAACAAGACCUUAUUCAUCGCUGCCAGGGAUCACAUAUACACAGUGGACACGGACACCGCCACUGGUGACGAGAUCUUUUUCAGUAAGAAAAUGACGUGGAAGUCCAGGCAAGCAGAUGUGGAUACAUGCCGGAUGAAAGGAAAGCACAAGGACGAGUGUCACAAUUUCAUCAAAGUACUCCUGCAGCAAAACGAUGACACCUUGUUUGUGUGCGGGACAAACGCUUUCAACCCCUCCUGUCGAACAUACAUGAUGGACACCUUGGAAGCUCUCGGAGAGGAGAUAAGCGGGAUGGCCCGGUGCCCUUAUGACGCCAAGCAUGCUAACGUAGCUCUCUUUGCUGAUGGUAAGCUGUACUCGGCCACGGUCACUGACUUUCUGGCCAUUGAUGCGGUCAUCUAUCGUAGCCUUGGAGACAGCCCGACUCUGCGCACUGUUAAACAUGACUCCAAGUGGCUAAAAGAGCCCUACUUUGUCCAAGCAGUCAAUUACGGAGACUUUAUCUAUUUCUUCUUCAGGGAGAUUGCUAUGGAGUACAACACAAUGGGAAAGGUGGUGUUUCCUCGGGUGGCGAGGGUUUGUAAGAACGACCGAGGUGGCUCACCUCGUGUCCUGGAGAAGCAAUGGACGUCGUUCCUCAAGUCCCGACUGAACUGCUCCAUACCAGGCGACUCGCACUUUUAUUUUAACAUCCUGCAGGCUGUGACGGACGUCAUUCACGUCAACGGGAAGGACGUUGUGAUGGCGACCUUCUCCACUCCGUACAACAGCAUUCCAGGCUCUGCGGUGUGCGCCUAUGACAUGGCAGAGGUGGCCAACACGUUCACAGGGCGAUUCAAAGAGCAAAAAUCCCCCGACUCCACCUGGACUCCUUUUCCUGAGGAGAGGGUUCCCAAGCCAAGGCCUGGCAACUGCGCAGGUUCUCCAUCCAUGGAGAGGUACAAGGUGUCCAAUGAGUUUCCCGAUGACACGCUCAACUUCAUCAAGAUGCAUCCCCUGAUGGAUGAGGCGGUGCCCUCUAUCGCCAACCGACCCUGGUUCCUCAAAACCAUGGUUCGCUAUCGCCUGACGCGCAUUGUGGUGGAUAGCAAGGCUGGACCCCAUAAGAACCACACUGUGGUCUUCCUGGGAUCUGAGAAAGGCAUCAUCCUCAAGUUCCUCGCGAAAAUGAACAACGGUUUCCUCAACGACAGUUUGUUCUUGGAGGAGCUCAACGUCUACAAUCCUGACAAGUGCAGUAUAGACGGAGUCGAGGACAAGCGCAUCGCCAGCAUCCAGAUUGAUGCCAGGGGUCACGCCUUGUGGGUUGCGUUCACCUCCUGUGUGGUUAAAGUACCGCUGUCUCGCUGCGAAAGGCAUGGGAGAUGCAAGAAGUCCUGUAUCGCCUCUAGGGACCCUUACUGUGGUUGGGUGUCAGAAGGAGCCUGCAGACAAGUGGUUGACACUAAAUCGGCCUUUGAGCAGGACGUGGAGCAUGGAAACACAGAUGGCCUGGGAGACUGCCAAAAUACCUUUGUGGCACUGAAUGACGUUCCUUCCAGUUAUAAAGGCCGCCGUCACCACCACCAUCACCACCCCACCCUCUCACUCCCCACCCUGGCCAUACCCGAGGCCGCCGAGGGCCCCCUUGGGCGGGGCCGCAUGGUGGAGCGCAAGGACUUCCCCAUGAGCUCAGACAAAGGGGAGGACCCCUACAUGGCCGUACCCUCUCAGACUCUGCCCGAAGUUGAUGGUGUGAUCCGUGAGAGCUACCAGAAAGCCCGUGACCAGCUGGUUCCCGUCACUCUCCUGGCCAUCGCCGUCAUCCUCGCCUUCGCCAUGGGCGCCAUCUUUUCCGGCAUCAUUGUCUACUGCGUCUGCGACCACCGGCGCCGAGACCUGGAUCUGCCAGGCCGCAAGGACAAGGACAACCACCACCUGCGCCGCGGCUCCAUGAACAGCGUGACCAAGCUCACGGGCCUGUUUGAGACCCAGGCCAAAGACGGCCGCCCCGAGGCCAUCCUCUCGCCUCUGAUGCACAACGGCAGGCUGACCCCCAAUGGCAAGAUGCUCAUCAAAGCCGACCAGCACCACCUGGACCUUUCCGCUCUGCCCACGCCAGAGUCCACCCCCAUACAGCCUCGCCGCAAGCCCAGCCGGGGAAGCCGGGAGUGGGAGCGCGCGCAGAACCUCAUCAACGCCUGCACCAAGGACAUGGCUCCGAUGGGCUCCGCCGUCAUCUCAGACCUGCCCCUUCGGGCGUCGCCGGGCCACAUCCCCAGCGUGGUGGUGCUGCCGCUCCCGCAGCAUCAGCACCAGCUCCCGCCUCACCUGCACCAGCACGAGUACGUGGAGCAGCCUCACCCCGGCGACCUCGCCUUGAGCCUCAUGGACGACCAGGCCGCCACUUUGGAGUACAAGACGGUCAAGAACCCCCACCACAACCUGGUGGAUCCCUCCGGGCCGCUGCCGCCCCGUGUGCCCCAGCGGGAGGCCUCCCUCGCCGUGCCGCCCGCAGUCCCGCAGAUGGGCAAGCGCCUGGAGGUCCACUCGUCCGUCUACGGGCUCCGGAAAGGGUCCUCCGCCUCGGGCUCGUCCGGCCUGAAGAAGCACAACACCAACUCGUCCAACUCCUCCCAUUUGGCGAGGCAUCAGAGCUUCAACCGCAUGGAGACGCCGCCCCCUGCCCCCCAGAGGGUGGACUCCAUACAAAUGACGGCGCAGGGGAUGUCUAUUUCCCGGCAGCCCGGGAUGAGCUCCUACGCUUCGCUGCCUCGAGGCGGCCUCAAGCACCUCAAGCCCGACGUUCCUCCCAAACCGUCCGCAGUGUCGCUGUCCACAAAGGUCAAGUCCAGUGACUCGUGCACAUAGUCUGCCUACUUUGACCACCUUUCCGUUCUCCUCUGUGUUCAAUUCAGUUUUUUUUUUUAGGAAUACACUUUCUUUUAUACCAACAUGUAAAUACGGCGGGGGAACUCGUGCUACUGUAGCAUCGAGACGGCGGCUCUCUUGUACGCGUGGGCGACGGUCUGGUUUUUGUUUUUUGGAGGCGGUGUACAGUACGGACUCUAAGAGCUCGGACUGACAAAAAAAAAAAAAAAAAAAAGACGAAGCCUGUGGGAAUACUGUGAAAAGCCUCCAAGUGUUACCGCAAUCAAGUCCCGCCCGCCUCGACGGGCCUGGAUCAGAAGAACAGGAAAAGACUUGACUGUUCCUACUAAUAGCUCCUCGUAUUUAUUUUUUAUCAAGUGCUUUUUGAAGAGAAGACUUUUUAGGCGGGGGCAAGAGAGAUCUUUUUAAUAUGAAUUAAUCAAGUGGGAUUAAAAAAAAAAAAAAAAACAUAUUUAAAGUCAUUAAACUGGAGCCACUAGAUUUUUUUUUUUUAAUGACACAAAGCGAGGAGAAAGGAGGAGAUAUUUAUUUACAGUGUGCCGAAAAUAACCUUUUUUUUGCUUCUCCAGUCAAAUCAGCACUGUGGGUUUUCUGCGUGUGUGUGUGAGAGUCAGUUACGUCGCCUCCAUCACUGGGGAGGAACUUUAAAAAAAAAAAAAAUGAACAAAAACAUGUGUUCCCCCUCCCCUCAUGUAAAUUUGUGCCUUACACCUGAAAGUAGUGACCAUGUUUUCUUCGAUAGCUGUUAACUUGUAGGUUGUUUUUUUUUUUUUCUUACGUCACGAUGUGUCCCUCAUUUGAUAAAAAAAAAUAAUGAAGAAUGUAGGUGUUAUUGUUGUAAUUCUGUUGCCCUACACACGCACGCACGCACACACACACACACACACACAAUGUUUAUGUUAGUGGUUCUCUAAUCUCUGUGCCAUGACUGAGCUUGUUGUUGCGUGUCGCCAUCUUGUCUUUUAUACAAUUUAAUAUGUUUAUUUGUACUUUUUUUGUUCGCUGUCAUGAAGGUGGAACGAUUACCGUAGCGUUAACCUGCAGGAAGUGACAUGUGCAGCAUCGACAGGCUGGUUCCUGUGCAAAGAUUAACAAAUAAUAAUGAGCCCCCCUUUUUUUUUGUAAUAGCAACUUUGUAGAUGUUUAAUGGCCUACUGAAAUGAGAUUUUCUUAUUUAGGACUCUCGCUGCUGUGUCUUGGAUCCUCUUUGGACUGGACUCUCGCGACUGUGUUGUAUCCAUUGUGGAUUGAACUUUCACAGUAUCAUGUUAGACCCGCUCGACAUCCAUUGCUUUCCUCCUCUCUAAGGUUCUCAUAGUCAUCAUUGUCACCGACGUCCCACUGGGUCAUUAUUGUCACCAAUGUCCCACUGGGUGUGAGUUUUCCUACCGAGGAUGUCGUGGUGGUUUGUGCAGCCCUUUGAGACACUAGUGAUUUAGGGCUAUAUAAGUAAACAUUGAUUGAUUGAUUGAUUGAUUGAUUUAAACGGGGAUAGCAGGUCAAUUCAAUGUGUCAUACUUGAUCAUUUCGCGAUAUUGCCAUAUUUUUGCUGAAAGGAUUUAGUAGAGAACAUCCAAGAUAAAGUUCACAACUUUUGGUCGCUCGUAAAAAAGCCUUGUCUUUACCAGAGGUAGCAGACGAUGUGCGCGUGACGUCACCGGUUGUAGAGCUCCUCACAUCCUCACAUUGUUUACAAUCAUGGCCACCAGCAGCUAGAGCGAUUCGGACCGAAAAAAGCGACUAUUUCCCCAUUAAUUUGAGCGAGGAUGAAAGAUUUGUGGAUGAGGAUAGUUACAAUGAAGGGCUAGAAAAAAGAAAAAAAAGGCGAGGGCAGUGGGAGCGAUUCAGAUGUUAUUACACACAUUUACUAGGAUAAUUCUGGACAAUCUGCUUAUUGUGUUACUAGUGUUUUAGUCAGAUUAUAUGGUACCUGAAAGUCGGAGGGGUGUGGCCACGGGUGUGGUGACCCCCAGUGUCUCCUCCCUGGUGGGAGGAGGUAAUAGUCCGCAGUUGUAGGAGGAAGCAAGCUCCGCUCAUGUCUACGGUAAGAGCCGAUUUAUCACACGUCUUCAUUCCGUGACGUUUUCAACAGGAUACUUUGCGGGAAAUUUAAAAUUGCAAUUUGGUAAACUAAACCGGCCGUAUUGGCAUGUGUUGCAAUGUUAAUAUUUCAUCAUUGAUAUAUAAACUAUCAGACUGCAUGGUCGGUAGUAGUGGGUUUCAGUAGGCCUUUAAAAGUCAUUAACAAAUCAGCCUUUUUUUUUUUUUUGCUUAAAUGAAUCAAUCACAGCCCCCAACUUUAAAUCAACAAAGCACUCCUUUAAUCUUUUUUUUGUUGAUAAAUUAACAUUUUUUGGAGUAGGUGGGGGUUAUCAAGGAGGAAAGCCAAACUGUCUCAAACCACAGUUCAUUCAAGGGUAAUGCUGCAUUCAGGACUACUGGGAAAUUAGAUCUCAUCGCACGUACAAAGCUCUUGAACAUAAAAACAUGGCUGACAAUUUUUGAACAAAUUAUCCGACUUCUAUUGUUGCUGCCUCAAUUGUUGUAUAACAUAGACAAACAUGUACCUGGAAUAACUAAUAAUACAGUUUAUUCACUUUUUUACAGUGUCUGAAUUUCCCCAGUGUUCUUGAAAGCAGCAUAGCAGACAUAGCGAAACUCUCUGAACCUAUUUUAGUGUUCAAUACUAGAAAAUCUGUAGUUGUUCACAUUGAGUUCAAUCUGGUUUCUAUUGGGUGUGACUGUGAAAGGCUGCUGUGACCAAUGAGCUUCUUUGGUGUGUGCCUUUUUUGUCUCCCUCCCAACGACACGCGACCAGACGACCCCCAACGACGACGACGGCGGCGGCGACGACGUGACCUUUUUAAAACCUUUGUUAGCUUGUAAAAUAUUUGUGACGUCACCAAAACUUUUUUGCCCUGUUCUCACCACUUCCUUAACGUCUCUGAUUCACAGCUUAAUGUACGGUGUAAAGGAAUUAAAAAAACAAAAACAAAAAAAAAACACUUUAAUUUAAUGCAAAAUGUAAUUUUAAAAAGUGAAGAAAAAAAAUGGAAAUAAAAUUAUUGUCAUGAA